CAGGUUGGCAGAGCUGCAGGCUGCUCCGCUGAAGUCCAGCCGGUGUUGUGAGCGACUUCGUGCCGCGCCCUUUCUGCGCCUCGGCGGAGCUCCGCGCGCAGGUAGCGACUGAUCAAAGUACCGGAAGUGAGAGUGCAAGCGCCAGAGCAGGUGACGGAGCCUGAAGUCCACCGCGCUGCUGAACUUUCUGGGACGCAGAAAAAAGAAAGAAAGAGGCUUCCAAGUGAGCGUCGUCCACCACCACCCUGUGGAGGGAAAACAAUCCCGUUUGGUUGUUUUCUUGUUUGUUUUUGUUCGACGAGCGCAGGUGAUCUCGGGAGACAAACUAACGACUCGGUCUGUUCUGGAAAAACUCGUCGGACAAGCUCAGACAUAAAAAGAAAGACUGACGUGGAUUCGUUGCUGCAUACAAACAAUUCAGUGACCGUUUCGGACUUUAAAUUGAAUCUCCUGCUCUUACCUUUCCACCAUGACGUGUGAAUCUCCAACCCACUGAAGAGGAAGGAUCUGAAUGCCACCCUAGUCCUACACUUCAGCUUCCUGUCAGCAAAGCUUCCAUCCCCUUCAGAUCUCCUCUGAUAAGACGUUUAACUCUGGUCUCAGCAUGGGUACAAACACUCCAGACCAACACGGAUGCUACUACAACUACUCAGUCAAGUUUUUUUAUGACGAGCGUAACAAGACCAUCAGUGACUACUGGCGCACUCGUGACUAUGUGGUGGUCAGCUUGGGAUUGACUGUUUGCUUUGUAGUAAUUCUUUCUAACCUUUUGGUUAUCGUGGCCAUUUUUAAAAACCGACGCUUUCACUUUCCCAUCUACUACCUGCUGGGAAACCUGGCUUUGGCAGACUUUUUCGCAGGUGUUUCCUACCUCCAUUUGAUGUUUCACACUGGUCCCUGGACCAUUAAACUGUCUAUAAACCAGUGGUUUGUGCGGCAGACACUGGUCGACACCAGCCUCACAGCUUCGGUCCUGAACCUGCUGGCGGUGGCCGUUGAGCGUCACCAAACCAUCUUCAGCAUGCAGCUGCACAGUAAGAUGAGCAAAAGGCGGGUUUUCGUCAUCAUACUCUUCAUCUGGCUGGUGGCAAUCAUCAUGGGCCUGAUUCCCAGCAUGGGCUGGAACUGCCUGUGUGACCUGGAUGUGUGCUCUACAAUGGCGCCACUGUACAGCCGCAGCUACCUGGUGUUCUGGGCUGUUCUCAACUUGCUGACCUUCUCCAUAAUGGUGGGCGUCUACACCCGAAUCUUCCUCUAUGUGAGGCGCAAGAGCAGGCAGAUGUCGCAGCACACGAGCCAGUUCAAACACAAGGAGACCGUGCUGAAUCUGAUGAAGACCGUUUCAAUGAUCCUAGGCUUGUUUGUGAUCUGCUGGACACCCGGCCUCGUUUUGCUGCUGCUCGACGGUCUGGACUGUACCAAAUGCAACGUGCUGGUCUACGAGAAAUACGUCCUGGUGCUGGCCGAGUGCAACUCGUUGGUCAACCCAAUCAUCUACAGCUUCAGAGACAGCGACAUGCGGAGGACCUUCAAGGAGAUUUUGUGCUUCCUGUGCAAGCGGAACAGCAAGCGGAACGGCAUGUCCGAAGCUUACUUUACCACCAUGGAGCAAGAGAAGACGAAUCUCCGCACAGUCCGGAGGCGAGGGGACACCAACGGGGUUCCUCUGAUACGUCAAGGCACAGACGACAACCCUGACCCUCCAGAACACUGA